AACGUCCCAGCAAAUACACGGCAAGGGAAAAUGGUGAACGUAGGCUACAAAGUUCUCUUUGCUCUGGCCAUCUGGACGAUGACUACAGAGGCCUUUCCCAAAGGCGCUGAGAGGACAAAAUGCCACCUCACAAAAUACAAGUCCCUGCCACCUCGGGAACUGGAGGCCUUCAAGAAAGCCAAGGACAAAUUUGAGGACAUGAUGCUGUUGUCAGACCGAAAAUGCAGCACCAGGAUUUUCCACCGGAACUGGGAAGUCAAAGAGCUGUCGGAGCACGACAGAGUCAUCCUGGUAGAGAAGGAGCUGGACUUUACCAUUAACGUGCUGGAGAACGUUGAGGACCCCAGUCUGUCCAAGCUGCUCUCAAGGCCUCUAGAAAUCCUGACGCAAAUCAGAGGGGACCUGAGGGGCUGCACCAGAGAAACUCAUUCUCAUCGACACUCCAGGAGGCUGAACAAUUGGCUCCAAAAUUUCCAUGAGAGCAAAGAGACGGAAACACCUGGCUGCCUGGAAGCAUCUGUGAUCCUCAAUCUCUUCCGACUGCUGAACGAAGAUUUGAGAUGCGCAGCCUACAGGGAGCUCUGUGUGUAGCCAUCUGGUCUCUGCAGUGCCUGUGUCCACAUCUACUUAGAGACCGGAGAGUCCCUAGCCUGAGAGCUCUGCAUACAUAUUGGGAGAAGACGUGUGUCAACCAGGAACAUUCAUCUUCUCCCUCUGGCUUCUAAUCAUAGAUCCCCAAGCAAACUGAUUCCAUCCUUUUAUACCAAAGAGUUACACAACAAUUGGCCUCCAGGUUGCUCCAACUUCCAGCUGGUGCAGCACUCUAGACUCCUUACAGAAGAUUAAUUGUAGGACCAUUUUUCAUCACAGUUGGAAUUUAGGACUUCAAUAGGAUUUGGCCCUCUGGGGAUAUUAUUUAUUGAAUGUAAUUAUAUUGUCACUAUAUGAAUGCAUUUUAGUCAAGCUAACAUAUCCAGAAAUAUUGGAAACAUUUCAUAAGCUUUAAUUUAAAAAAACAAAACAACGCAGUCCAGUUCUAGGAUUUACACACUAGUCACAGCUUCAGAUCUCUUAGAAACAACCUCAGGAAAUGCAUUCUUACUGUAAAUAUCCUCGGCAGAUGUAAUUAUACAGA